AUGUUCGAGCCAUUGCCACCCAUAUACGACUCACAGGAAGAACUAGACGACCUCUUCUUGCAUCUUGACGAGUGUCUCAAAAUUGCUCCCCGGCUUGCGCCUAAAUGGCAAGUUGCUGAGGGUUCAACUACCUCUGAAUCAAACAAAUCUUCAGAGUCGUCGAGCAAGAAUGCAAAGUCAUCUUUGCCGACCUUCAUAUUAAACUGGCUUUACAAUUUUUUCAUGUACAUAUACAAUCUCAUCUACGGCCCCGCCAGCUCCGUAUCCACGUACUUCAAGCCUUCGGAUGGAGGAUUGGCAACUAGAUCUUUAUACAUGGUAGAUGGAGCUACAGGACCAACACAAGUGGCUAGUUGGAAGUUCCAAGAAUUCUUCUACAGUAAGCCAGAUGUGGUUUUCCCCAUCAGAGCUAGGGGACUUUUUACUCACGAUGGAAAGAUUGUGGCUCGUGGUUAUGAUAAGUUCUUCAAUGUGGAUGAAGUGGCUGCUACCAAGCUUGAGGUACUCCAAAAGUUGCCUGGCCCCUUUAGUGCUGCUACUAAGGAGAAUGGCUGUAUCAUUUUAAUCUCUGGCCUCGCAGACGGUACGCUAUUGGUAUGUUCCAAGCACUCUACAGGGAAACCCGUUGGUCGUGAUUUUGCAUUCAAGCACGUAGAACACGGAAACAAAGCGGUUCACGACCAAUUGAAGCGUGUGGGAAAAACUUCUAAGCAACUCGCAGAGACGUUGUACAAAAUGAAUGUGACUGCUGUUCUAGAACUCUGCGAUGAUUCAUUCGAGGAACAUAUUGUCAAGUAUCCACCAGAAUUGUCGGGACUCUACUUGCAUGGACUUAAUUUCAAUGUCAGAGAAUUUAAGACAUACCCAUUGGACAAGGUGGAGCAGUUUGCAGACGUUUGGGGCUUCCGAAAAGUAGAGUAUACUGUGUUUGACAAGUUUGACGAAUUAUGGCAGUUUCUCGAGAAGUUGAAGGUCAAAGGUGUAUACCAUGGCCGAGAGUUGGAGGGAUUUGUGGUUCGGAGUCAGAACAACGAUCUGGUUCACUUUUUUAAGUACAAGUUCGAUGAGCCGUACUUCCUCUUCCGUCAAUUUCGUUCAGUCUCGCUCAAGUUGAUAGGCGAUAAGAGACAACUGAAAAAGGAUGAGAAAAUCACCGGCCAGCCUAUAGCUCAAAUAAUGCGGUCCAUCAAAAAGCACAAGGCAAUCACCCUCGAUUACCUCCAAUUUGUGAAGAAGCUAUUUGACCAAGAUGAGCAGUUGGUUAAUGAUUACAGAGAGUCGAUCGGUAUUAUCAAGUUAAGAGAACAGUAUCUAGCAUACAAGGGCCUUUCGGCGACCUCAGGCAUGGACCUAUUAGGUUAUGAAAAUGACGAAAUCCUCUCGGAGAAAUUGAUGGCCUUAAUGGAUGCCACUAAAGUCCACUAUGUGAUCAUGCCCAUGGCCGUGCCAGCAUCAGGAAAAACUACUGUUUUCAUGACUUUGAACAAUCUAUUCCCAGAGUGGAAACAUAUCCAAAACGAUAAUGUUAUUAGCCUUGACGAGUUCCACCAGCAAGUAGCACAAGGCGUCAAUGAUUCACAAAUCUGUUUUGCUGAUAAAAACUUCCACAUGACACGCAUCAGGAAAGAAUUCUUUGAAGGUAUUGAGUCAGCCAGAAAGCACAUUGUUCCUCCUGACAUCGCCAUUGCUUACAUCGGAGUCAAUUUCCUUAGUGACAUUAACUCCAAGAAUUUCCUUGAAAUAUCCGAGAAGAGACUUCUUGAUCGUGGAGACAACCACCAGUCCAUCAAAGCCGGAGCAGAUAUUAUUAAUGCUCGUAACGUUUUGAGUGGAUUCCAUCGGAGUGCAAUUCCUCCGAAAUUCAAGAAAACUGAUGACUUCGACUCUGAGCAUGCUCCUCUGGUUAUUGAAGGAAAGUAUUACCAGUAUCCAGAUAACAACUGUGAUAUUAUCAUUAAUGUGAAUAUCAAUGGUGAACACUCGUCACUUGAUAUCGCUAAGAAGAUCUUGUCUACCCUCCAACUGCGCUUCCCAGACAUCGCCACUAGGGACAUUUCGGAGCUUGAAUGGAUACAGGCAUACGAAGCUGCUAAGAGUUAUAAACCAACUUUUACCAAGGAUAUUGCUCAAGGAAACGGAGAUAAUAGAAGAGCGGAGUAUUACGGAGUUGGUAUUAAUAACCCAGAGCAGCUUCGCAGCCAGAUUAAUGAGCUUUUGAAUGACAACGCAACUUGGAAGCACUUGAUACUGAAUAAUAGAGUGCAAAAGGAAUUUCACGUCACAUUGGCCCAUAUUAGUGGACUUAAAGAGGAUGAUACGAUUUCAGAGCCCGCAGUUAAGGAAACCAAGAACGGUGAGAGCGAGCCCAAAAAAACCAAGAAGAACAGAAAAGUAAAAUCUGCAAAGACCAACCAGGAGCGGUGGCAGCAGCUCGGAAGAAGAUUUGAGGUGUUGAAAUUGCGAGAGAGUGCCAAGUCCGGUGAAAGAAUUCGAGGUGACCAAACCUGUGAUAUUCAGUUACAGAAAGUUGUGGUGGUGGAAAAGAAGUUGGUUGUUUUGAAGGUUGAGCUUUCUGAUCCAUAUAAACAGGUCAACGGAGUUUGGACAAAACAGAACCCUGCCUUGGAGCCUUUGAAUAAGUACUUGCACAUUACUAUGGGAACCUAUAGUAAAGACAUUCCACCCAUGCAGUCGAAUAUCUACUUGACUGCUUUGUAUGAGAAAUUCGAAGGUUUGCCUGAGGGAGAGUACGAAUGGAAGGGAAAUGAUGUGAAAGUGUAUGAUGUUGAUCUUGUUUUGGAGAAGCAACCAGUGUUUGUUCAGUUCAGGAGAUUCAAAGGUUCCGUCGCUUGA